AUGGACAUCAUAAGGGACCAGGAUAAAGGAAGGUUGUGUCUUCUUCAGAGUGAUUAUGCUUUGAAGGUGAUAAAGAAAUUCAGGCUGCAUCAAGCUAAGAGCCUGGUAGUGCCUAUAAUGCAGCAGACAAAGCUCAGUACUUCUCAGUGUCCAAAGACAGAUGAGGAAAAGAGAAAGAUGUAUUCAGUGCCAUACUCAAAUGCUGUGGGCAGCAUAAUGUAUAUGAUGAUAUGCACAAGGCCUGAUUUAGCCUAUGCUAUCAGCAUACUCAGCAGAUUUAUGUCAAACCCUGGUAAACCACAUUGGGAAGCUCUGAAAUGUGUAUUAAGAUACAUAAGAGGAAGUGAUUGCUGUGGAUUAGUGUUUGAGAAGAAGCAAAGAUGGUCAGGAAAUCCUUUGGUGGGAUUUGUUGAUUCAGAUUAUGCAUCAUAUGAAGAUAACAGGAGAUCACAAACUGGAUACAUUUUCAGCUUAUAUGGUACUGCCAUCAGCUGGAAGUCAAUGUUGCAGUCUGUGGUUACAUUGUCCACAACCGAAGCUGAGUACAUGGCAAUGACAGAGGCAGUAAAGGAAGGGGUUUGGCUUAAAGGAAUGUUAGCUGAUUUUGGAGUUUUUCAGAAGAAUGUAGAAAUCUUCUGUGAUAAUCAGAGUGCUCUGCACUUGGCCAAACAUCAAGUGUUUCAUGAGAGGUCGAAACACAUCUUGUAA